CCCGCUCUGAGCCGCAGGGCUCCAGCCUCCGUGCCCCGCUCUUGCUCGCGGCCCGGCGGCGGCCCAGCCCGGCUCGCGCCCCGCGGCCCCCCACCCCUCCUCCCGCCCCGGCCGCCCCCGCGCGGAGCAGGGAGGCGGGCGCAGCUGGGAGGGCUCCUCGGCGGCGGCGGCGGCGGGCGGCGGAAUCGUCGCGCUGCCCGCCCGGAGCCCAGCCCGGAGCCGAGGCCGCUCCCGCCCGGGUUGCGUGGUCCGACGAGGCGCUUACUGGGCCUCCACUGCGGGCGGGAGGGGCGGCCGAGCCCCGGCCCAGCCCGGCCCAGCCCCGGGGAGAGGCUUCAGUAUCAACUUCAUGUGAUUGGAAGAACCAAAUAAGUUGAGCUUCCCUACAUCAAUGUACUGCCAAUGGUGGUGUAAAACCAAGGUUUGUACUGCUACCACAUCAGAGAUUUGUGAGACUUUGAGAGAGUAGUUCUGGGUUAUAUCCUGUGUUGUGACCUCAUGGUUUAAGUGGGAAUAAAGAUGAGUAUAAGCAGUGAUGAGGUCAACUUCUUGGUAUAUAGAUACUUGCAAGAGUCAGGGUUUUCUCAUUCAGCAUUUACCUUUGGUAUAGAAAGCCAUAUCAGCCAGUCUAAUAUCAAUGGUGCCCUGGUUCCACCCGCUGCUCUGAUUUCUAUCAUCCAGAAAGGCCUGCAGUAUGUAGAGGCAGAAGUCAGUAUUAAUGAGGACGGUACCUUGUUUGAUGGAAGACCUAUAGAAUCUUUGUCACUGAUCGAUGCCGUGAUGCCUGACGUGGUUCAGACCAGACAGCAAGCCUACAGAGAUAAACUUGCCCAACAACAGGCCGCAGCAGCUGCUGCCACUGCCGCUGCCACAACCAACCAACAGGGCUCCGCGAAAAAUGGAGAAAAUACUGCAAAUGGAGAAGAAAAUGGAGCCCAUAGUAUAGCAAAUAACCAUACGGAUAUGAUGGAAGUGGAUGGCGAUGUUGAAAUCCCCCCAAACAAAGCUGUGGUAUUACGGGGUCAUGAGUCAGAAGUAUUCAUCUGUGCCUGGAAUCCCGUCAGUGACCUUCUGGCCUCAGGAUCUGGUGACUCAACAGCGAGAAUAUGGAAUCUGAGUGAGAACAGCACAAGCGGUUCGACCCAGUUAGUCCUCCGCCAUUGCAUAAGGGAAGGCGGGCAGGACGUGCCCAGCAACAAAGACGUGACGUCCCUCGACUGGAAUAGUGAAGGCACACUUCUCGCCACUGGGUCAUAUGAUGGAUUUGCCAGAAUAUGGACUAAAGAUGGUAAUCUUGCUAGCACCUUGGGACAACAUAAAGGUCCUAUUUUUGCAUUAAAAUGGAACAAGAAAGGAAAUUUCAUACUGAGUGCAGGAGUAGACAAGACCACGAUUAUCUGGGAUGCACAUACUGGUGAAGCCAAACAGCAGUUCCCUUUUCAUUCAGCACCGGCACUGGACGUGGAUUGGCAGAGCAACAAUACCUUUGCCUCUUGCAGCACCGAUAUGUGCAUUCAUGUCUGUAAAUUGGGACAAGAUAGACCUAUCAAGACAUUCCAGGGACACACAAACGAAGUAAAUGCUAUCAAAUGGGACCCAACUGGUAACCUUCUGGCCUCCUGUUCUGAUGACAUGACUUUAAAGAUAUGGAGUAUGAAGCAAGAGAGUUGUGUCCAUGAUUUGCAAGCACAUAAUAAAGAAAUUUAUACUAUCAAAUGGAGUCCAACAGGACCAGGAACAAACAAUCCAAACGCCAACCUCAUGCUAGCCAGCGCAUCCUUUGACUCCACCGUUCGGUUAUGGGAUGUGGACCGGGGCAUCUGCAUCCACACUUUGACGAAGCACCAAGAGCCUGUGUACAGUGUGGCAUUCAGUCCUGACGGCAGGUACCUGGCCAGCGGCUCCUUUGACAAGUGUGUGCAUAUCUGGAACACGCAGACGGGUGCCCUAGUUCAUAGCUAUAGGGGAACAGGCGGAAUAUUUGAGGUUUGCUGGAACGCGGCCGGAGACAAAGUUGGAGCCAGUGCGUCAGAUGGUUCAGUUUGUGUACUAGACCUACGGAAAUAGUGCUACUAGUUGGAAGCCAUGGACCGACUAUGAAUGUGUACAUAGCCAAAAUGACUGUCCCUGACCCAUGUACUGCUCUAGUCCCACUGGAACCAUGGCCAGUCCACUACAGCCAAACCUAAAGGAAAUCUCGACAUACACUGUAUAGAAACAAAGCAAAAUGACACCCUGAAGAGGAUGACAGAGUUGUCACAGCUUGUGAAUCCUGUUCACCAAGUGCUGGCAUCUUAUCUGCUGUGCCCCAAAAUAGCAUUUAGAAGCUCGGGAUCUGAGAAGCAGAAGAGGAAAGGAACGAGACUAGGAAAGCAGACCAGACGUGCACCAAAUCGGGAGACAAACGGCAGCCUUCCCCUCCCUCCCCUCCCCAUUUAAUCAAGACGGUGGAUCGUAUUCUUUGGUUUUUUAAUUUCCCUCAAUAGUUAAGCAGUUUGCGUGUACAGAGAAAAUGGACGUAUGUCAACAUGCAGCCAUGGGUUGUUUCUUGCUUUUCAAACAUUCUUUUUGGUUUUGUUUAAGGAUGCAGGAAGUAAGGGGGUAAAUCUGUUUCUUGUUUUUAUUUUUCACCUUCUAAACAUAAAAAUUCUUUUUAAAAAAAUAUUUUAAUUCAUUCUUUUGAAGAGGCCAAGUGAUGCUUGGUCCAUUCUUUGGCUCUCAGAGCACAUUUUCCAUUGGUUUUGUGUUGGGGUGAGGGGUGAUUUUAGAAAAAUAUAUCUAAAAUGUGACAUUGGUCAUGUUAAUCAAGAAAGUACAUUAUUUGUAAAGGGUAUUCUUGCUCUGGUUUUUCUGGUGAUGUGGCUGAAAUGCAGAAGUUUCUUAUUUGGGACAUAUUUCUGCCAAACUUAAGAAUCGAAGGGCACAAAAAAAUUUUUGUUUUAAAUUUACAAAUAUAAGAGCUGCAUUAAAAAAAAAAAUCUUGUUGCUUCAAGGCCAUAGCUAAUUAUGGUUUAGUUGUGCACUAUUGUGAAAAGGAGCAAAAUAGCAUUCUGGGGUUUUUUUUUGUUUGUUUGUUUUGUUUUGUUUUUAAGAGAUAAAAAUCUUUCUGGACAAGGGUUUAUGAGCUUCUACCAGGAGUGUCCAUCAUAUGUGUAGGAGCUUUUAUGUAUAAUAACCAAAUUCCAGUAUUAAAAAAAAAAUCUCAUGUCAAUUUUCUUUAUAUAAAUCAAAAUACCUUUGGCAUAUAUUUGAUAACACUGCCAGUAUGUGGCAAAAUGUUUACUACCUUAGUUUCAAAAGAAAUCUUUAGAACAGAAGACUUGCUUUAAGGUGUGUUUAAAUAGCAGUGAUUCAGCUUAUUAAAAAAUAAUAAUACUUGCACUAAUGUCCCUGCUGCUCUGAUUCUGCAGUUUAUUCUAACUUGUGGCUAUUUUUUUUCCAAGUAUAAGUAGUAGGUGUAAGCUGCUAUUUUUUUUUAACUAAUCACUACGAUAUUGUCCUUUAGUCUGUUUACAAUAUCAAAUAUCUUUCUCAGCAGAUAGCAAACUUUGGUUCUGCUCAUGUGACUAAGGUAUAUCGAAAUUUCUUUUGUAAAUUUUAGCACGUUCUGUUUUGCAUGUGCUGUUGAAAGGGGUCACUUAAUGUUUCAUCCCAGAUUCCAAAGCUAUGAAUUUCAGAGUAUAGUUGUCCAAUUUAUGUCACAGAUAUUUUCAUUAAGGAAUGGCUUAUAUCACAGAGCUUUGCAAAAGUUAACCAUUUUAUAACACUAUUUCAAUCACUAAUAAUUUUGUGACUAUUGCUUUAAAAAAGUUAGUCUACUUUGUUCUUAGUUUAGGCAUAAAUUGAUUUAACCCAAAUAAUGCAGCUUUUUGCCAUUGAUUCUUCUGCUAUUUUUACAAAAUAAUAUAUGACUUGAAGCAAGUCUUCAUUUUGCUAAGGUAGGAUAGCAUUGGCCUUUGGUAAAGAGAAUACAUUUAAUUCCACAAUUCAUUGUUCUAUGUACCCCAGUUAUUAGUGGGGAAUAUAUUUUAAAUCAUAGCAUUUAAAAAAAAAUUCAUCUCCAGAAAGGCAGUCAUUGAUGAUGGUUCUGUGCCAGCUCUUUUGAGGGUUUUGGAGCCCAUAACAGAUGUCUAGAACAGUUACCCUGUGAGCUAUGUAGGAAACCUAAUACGCUGAGGAUCUGGCACUUGGACAUCCUGCUCUUAUUGGUAGAGGUCUAUGUCCAUGGCUGACCUCUGUUGUUGUUUUAAAAAAAAAAGUAAAAAAUAAAAAAAAUCUGUGCAAUAAUUUUUAAAUGUGCUCCCAGGAAUAGACACAAAUGUUUUGAAUAUGUUUAAGCUGCGUUUUCCUUUAGCAAUGCAUUUGUCAAUUGCACUGAAUUUAAAUCUGAAAGUCAGAGGUGAUUAUUGAUAGUACUUUUGUAUUUUGAUAUGGACAAUUUAUUCAUUUGCAUACAGUUAUUGACUGGUUUUUUCAGCUGAUUAUAUAGAAGAUAGUCAAGGAAUUCUGCAAUAUGGCUGCCGGAAUAGACAGCUCCAUUUUUUAUGCUCUUGUCAUUUUUCCUUUUUUUCACUCUGGCUAUUUUCCUUACAAAUAACAUUCAUAAUAGGAACCCUACACAAUUCUAAAUACAGAGCUUUAUUACCCUGAUGUCUCGUCUUACUGAGAGGUAUCCAUGUAGUAGGCCUGGGCUCUUAAUGAACAUUUGAUUAUUUAUUUAUUUUUGCUGCUGUUCUCAAUAUCAUCAUUGCCUGCUGAUCUGCCACGAUGCUGCUCCUAAGCUGUUUUAAAAAAAAGUCUUGAGCAUAAAUGUGCUGGCCAGAGACGAUGUUUCACAGCCUUGUAAAGUACUGUAUUCAUGGAGUUGUUCCUGUUUGUUUCCCCCUUCCACCGUUCCUCCAAGGGCUAAUAAGGGAAAUGUUAGGGGUUCUCUGAGGAGGGGACAUGAGCAGAUUAGGCGGGUGGUGUUGGCAGGAGCUGCCCUGAGGACUGAGCUUUGGGGGGGGGGGGGAGACGCUGAGACCUGGGGGGAGAACUGGCUUAAGACGAAAGGAAAGGACGGAGCCGUCGUGCCCCCUGGCCCUUCCUCGAGACUUCCUGGCCGUGCAGGGAAGGGAGCCGCCUAGCGUUGGUGUAUGGUCCCCUUGGAGCGCACGUGGAUCCGGUCCCUUCACUGACUUUCUGGCGUGUUCUCGGCCGGCCAUGAUAAAUUUUAAGUAGGUCUUGGUGACUAUCGAUCAUCCCAUUGUGAUGAGCAAUUCUCUAGUGUUAGAUGUGAUUUAGGAUGAAACACCUUUUACAAAUACUAAAAGUGCCUCCCUUUGUGGUUCAACAACUAAUUAUGGUGCAAAAUGCAGGAAUCACCGGAUGGAAGAAGUACAGGAAGGUUUCUUGCUUUUUGACAUCUCCAAAUGUCAAGAGAAAGGCCAAAGAUUUGUGCUGAUUUAACUUCACUUUAAAGCACUCCUUUUUUGCUUUCCCUGCUUUAUGUCAGAAUAGAUUAUUUAAUGAGAGAUGACUAUUUUUCAGGAGCUAGCUUUGUUUAGGUAGGAUGGUUUGUUUGGUGGAGGGCAGCAUUAUAGUUACGGAACAGAUGGGCCCGAAGGGCAGCGUGUGUCCGCGGGCUCUGCCAAGGCGGGCACAGGGGAAUUGGGGUUCCGCUGGAGGAGCAGAAACGAUGUCUCAGAUACUGCGCAGUGCCAUUGACUCCAUUAGCAGCAGUGGUUUCUUUUCCUCAGCUCAGGGCAUGGCAUGUUUCUCUGCAGAUCCUGUGUUCUGGUCUAGCGUGCUGUGGACUGUACGUAGGGGACGGGGACGUGCGUACUACGAGUAGGUCACAUCAGAAAGUUCCCAGGUUUCUCUUUUUGGCGGACCAACAUUGUGGCAUGGCAGCAAAUGCCAAUAUUUAGGGAACAGCAGCAAAAUCAACAAGAGACCCUGAAAGUUUCUCUUGGGUCAAAAGGGGGGGAUGGAAGGUGAGGAGGGAAGUUAUGAAUUACCUUUUCUUCCAGUGAUAGCUCUGAAGUAUCACAAUUCAGUAUCAAGAGUUUCUUUCUUAAACAUAAAUCUGGUUAAAGGUAGAGAUUUUUUUUUUUUAAAUGAGAAGUUCAAGUUAUGGGUUUUUUUUUUUUUUUCACACUGAUUUAGAGAUAUAGUGUCUUAGAUCAGUAGUCUGUUUCUGCCUCUAAGUUUACAAUGUUGAUGCAGGGUGACGACUUAGGGCAUGCUUUUUUUUUCCUAGUAAGCUAUUUCAUAAUGUUUUUUGGAAUUUGUGGAUAAGUUCAGGAAAACAUUCUGCAUGUUGUAUCUAGUCCAGUGUACUUAGCCGUUUUUUCUUUUCUUUUCUUUUCUUUUCUUUUCUUUUCUUUUCUUUUCUUUUCUUUUCUUUUCUUUUCUUUUCUUUUCUUUUCUCUUUUCUUUUCUUUUCUUUUCUUUUCUUUUCUUUUCUUUUCUUUUCUUUUCUUUUCUUUUCUUUUCUUUUCUUUUCUUUUCUUUUCUUUUCUUUUCUUUUCUUUUCUUUUCAUUUCAUUUCUUUUCAUUUCUUUUCUUUUCUUUUCUUUUCAAAGGCUGCAUUCUGCAGCUCUAUAAUCCUUGAAUACAGAAGUCAUUUUUUUUUCUCUCCUGACUUUGACAUUAUAGUUGUAAUGGUUUAAUUUUGAUUUUACAAAUCCUUUGGGUCUAAUUCUGUGAGCCUACCUAUAGCACUGGAUUCCAACCAACGUCAGCAUCAUUUCUUUAGUUAUCCAGUUAACUUACAACUGUUGUCAAAGUGUAAACCAGCCCAUGACGGUUUUUUGUACUUGUUAAAGGACUUUUAUUCAGUUUUCAUGAUUCUUGUCUAAGGAAGACUGAUAGAGAUGUUCUAGGCUGUCCUGGACCAUGUGAAUUACACUUAGGAUGUAUUUCGGUUCUCCAUCACAAUGGCUUAUCCCAACACCCCCAUCCCUCAGAGGCCCAUGUCCCUGUUGCAGUUUCCAUUUGCAUUGUAUUGCUCUGACAACUGUAAUUUGAAUCAGAUCUGAAAGAGGUCCAGAAUAAAAUAUAUUUUGAUAUUA